GACACGUUAUUUUGCAUUUGGAAGCAUUUUUCCUAUAUGUGUACUCUAGUAGGCUCUUGAAAUUUGUUGACAAAUAGCUACUUGAAGAAUCAGGCAAAAGUCAUAGAGGGGAAAACAGGGCCUUUUUGGACGAGUGUCGUGGAAUGGCACUCUGGAUAGAGGCGUUUGCCCAACUGCUGUUUCUCGUGUUGGCAUGGGACCCGAGCGCACACGGAGCGGCACCACAAGAUGUAAAACACGAGGUGUGGUUACAGCAAUAUGGCUACCUGCCGCCAGGUGACCUGCGGACACAUGCUGCCCGCUCCCCUUACUCCAUCACCACGGCCAUCACAGCCAUGCAGAGAUUCUACGGCCUGACCAUCACCGGCUCUAUCGACAAUAACACUUUAGAGGCGAUGAAGCGGCCGCGCUGUGGAGUUCCAGACAAGUUUGGCACUGUGCUGAAGAGCAACCUGAGAAAGAAGCGCUAUGCUAUCCAGGGCCUGAAAUGGGACAAGACCGAUCUCACCUAUUGUAUACAGAACUACACCCCUAAGGUGGGGGAGUAUGAGACCAAUGAGGCUAUCAGGAAGGCCUUCAAGGUGUGGGAGAAUGUGACCCCUCUACGCUUCAGGGAGAUCCCCUACAGUCACAUACGGGACAAGGUGGUGGACAUGGCAGACAUCAUGCUCUUCUUCGGUGAGGGUUUCCAUGGCGAUGCCAGUCCCUUCGAUGGCGAGGGGGGCUUCUUGGCACACGCCUACUUCCCCGGUAACGGCAUAGGGGGAGACACUCACUUUGACUCUGCAGAGCCCUGGACGGUCGGCAACAGUGAUCUGUCAGGCAAUGAUGUGUUCCUGGUGUCGGUACAUGAGCUGGGUCAUGCUCUUGGCCUGGAGCACUCCAACGACCCCUCUGCAAUCAUGGCUCCAUUCUACCAGUGGAUGGACACCGAGAACUUCCAGCUGCCUGAAGAUGACCUCAGGGGAAUACAGCAAAUCUAUGGGGGUAGAUCAGGUGGUGGCCCUCGCCCUCCUCCACCUACCCCACGCUCCCCUCACCACCCACCCAAACCCACUCACACCCCAUACAACCCUGGCUUUGGUCCUGACAUCUGUGAGGGACACUUUGACACCAUCGCCAUCCUCCGAGGAGAAAUGUUUGUGUUCAAGGAUAAGUGGUUCUGGAGAGUCCGUAACAACGCGGUUCUGGAUGGGUACCCAAUGCCAAUAGGCCAUUUCUGGAGGGGCCUGCCGUCAAACAUCAAUGCUGCUUAUGAAAGGGAUGAUGGCAAUUUUGUAUUUUUCAAAGGAGACAGGCACUGGGUUUUCAAGGAGUCUCUUCUGGAGGAUGGCUACCCCAAGCCUCUGAAGGAGAUUGGAAGUGGUCUACCCAAAGACAAAAUAGACGCUGCUCUCUUCUACACCCCCACCGGCAAGACAUACUUCUUCAGAGGACACAAGUACUAUCGAUACAAUGAGGACUCACGCUCUGUGGACCCUGAAUACCCCAAACCCCUCAGUGUGUGGCAGGGCGUCCCAGACAAUAUUAAAGCUGGCAUCAUGAGCAGAGACCAAGAACACACCUACUUCUACAAAGCCAAUAAGUAUUGGAAGUUCAACAACCAGAAGCUUCGUGUUGAGCCUGGAUACCCCAAGUCUGCUCUUAAGGACUGGAUGGGCUGUCCAGAGGAGGACCCCAAGACCGACGGAGGGAGAGGGGGUGGAGGACAAGACCGGGAAGACAGAAAGGAGGAUAGAGACGAGACGGAGGUGAUCAUCAUCGAGGAGGAGGGAGGAUCUGGCGUGGUGGCGGCGGUGGUGGUUCCCCUCAUGCUGCUGGGGUGUGUGAUCCUCACUCUGGGGGCACUGCUGUUCUUUCGCAGGUACGGCACCCCACGCCGUCUACUCUACUGUCAACGCUCACUACUGGACAAGGUGUAGAGGGGAGGAGAGGGAGAGAGAAGGAACGAGAGGAGGUUGAAGAGUUGAGAGGGACUGUAUAGGAGAGAAAAGAGCAAACAGAGGGAAAUGCGAGUGGAGAUGAGGGAGAAAUAUGAGAGAACUAAAGUCAAAGGGAUCUGUAGACUGUGAGCGAAGGUUAGCCAGAGCAAGAUAUAUUUGUUAGCUGUAGCUUAGAUAUUCCUUACCGGGGCCAACUUAAAUAUGGAAUAGAUUCCUUUUGCUCUUUCACUCCCACUCUAUUCCUCUAUUUCUGCCCCCUCUUCUGUUCUCUCAUUGUGGUUGUUGACGCCAGCUCAUCGCUGUUUGUUUAGCAUUUUUAAAUUUCGUUUUUCAGUUGUUUUUCAGUCGUCAGUGUUUGUGUCCUGGUAAAUUUCAGCUUUAUUUGAACAUAAUUAUGUUCAGUGCCUCCAUCCAUCCAUUCCAGCACCUAUUGUGUUAAAGAAUACAACCAGCGUCAUGUGAUGUUCUGCUCCAUGUUAGUAGAGUAUGCUAGAUUCUGUCAAAGCCAUUCACCUAUUAAGUGUUGCCUCAUAUACAGUAUCUCAGUUAUAUCACAUGAACUAUGAUAAACACUGAGUUUACCAAACAUUAGGAACACCUUCCUAAUAUUGAGUUGCACCCUCCCCCUUUUGC